GCCAAAGAUAAAAAAAAAAAAAGGAACUCCUCCUGAUUAGACGUCGAAAAGAGUACAGAGAGUGGAGGAGGGGUGGCGGCAAAGAUAAUGGAGUCUAGCUCGAAGGGAGAUGGUGGCGAGGCCGGCGGCGGAAGCGGAGGUGGAGGUGGAGGGGCAGGAUACAACGACAGCAACGUAAAGAAGGCCAAGCUGUACUCCACGCUGGCGGCUCUGCUGAGCGAUCCCAUACUCGCCGACGUCCCCAAGAACCCCGCCCUAUCAGACGUCGACACCCUCAUCAGCCUCGAGCUCGGCAGCGCCAUGCGCCUCUCCAUCCUCAGAUUGGACGGCUCCACCUUCGAUGUGGUGGUCAUGAAUUCUGCGACGGUUAAGGACUUGAAGCUCGCCAUCAAGAAGAAAGUGAACGAUACAGAGCAGUCCGAUAUGGGUCAUCGUCAAAUCUCAUGGAAGCAUGUCUGGGCAAACUUUUGCCUUUCAUACCAGAACCAGAAGCUGCUGGACGACAGCUCUCCACUUCAAGAUUUUGGAAUUCGUCAUAAUUCCCAGGUGCAUUUUAUUCCCUCUGUUACGGCAAAGAACUCUGGAAGACAUUCCAAGAGGAAGAAGCACCGUUUCUUCCAUGGCCUGAGCAAGCGGUUAUGAACAUUUAUUUGUUUCUCUAUGGGAUCUUGUAGUACGUACCUAUCUUUGAUGCAGUUAUGAUAUAUUACACGGAACGAGCACCUUCGAAUAUCUAUAGCAUGUCGCCUAGAUUCUGUUUGGAAUUACAACAAAAGUGAAUUGUUCAAGCAACUCCACUCC